AUGUCUUUUUUCAAAAAACUUACUAAAAAGUUCAACAAGAAACAAAACAAAGAAAAUGAAGAUAUCUCGUGGAGAAAUAUUGGAGAUUCUACUCCAUUUGAAAAUUUCGAUGAAAACUAUUACAAUAAUUGGGGUGAAGAAGAAGAUAAUAAUUGGAAUAAUGAAGAAUGGAAUAAUGAAGAAAAUGACCAAUCCACUUGGUCGACAAACAAUGAAGAGACUCCUCAAGAUGAAGAUUUGUCUGCCACUGUUAUUGUCGAACAAGAGAAUCGAGCAGAAAAUAUUUCUGAUACUCUUGUAUUAAAAAAUGAAAAAUAUCAAUUAGAAUAUUUGUUAAUAAUAUUAAAUCUUUUAUUUAUUUUAAUUUCAACUCCUGUUGCUUUUGGAUUUGGGCUUUUAUUAUUGUUUCGUUUUAAAUUUUUAUUAGAAAAAGCCAGAUUAGCAGAUGGAGAUUAUUAUACUUUUUUAAAUCCAUUUGAUAUAAAAUUUAGUCAAGCGAAUAUAUCAAAUGUAUUUAGCUAUUCUGGUAAAACAUUAGAAGAAACAAUCGAACAAUUAUUAGAAGAAGAUGUAGAAUGUAUCAAGAAUAUACAAGCAAUUGAAGUUUGUAUUAUUAAUGAUACAUAUUAUUCAAGCGAUAAUCGCAGACUCUAUUGUUUUAGAGAAGCGAUUAAAAGAGGGUUAGAAAUUAAAAAGAUACCUGUAUUGGUAAGAAGAUUUACCGAUACAAAUAUGAAGUGGAAGUUAGAGGGGAGCUAUAAAAUUAUUCAAAAUAAAAAUUUUAAUAAUAUAAAUAUUAGUGAUAAAGCUGCCAAUGGGAGGGUGAUAGAUGAAGAUGGUGAUACCAAAACAAUAAUGAGUACGGUAGAAACCAUCUGA